AUGGCUAUUGUUUUAUCUAAAAAAUAUAAUAAACUAGUUUUUGCUAUUAUUAGUAAUAGUAGUAUUUCAAACGGAGAAGAAAAAAUUCAUCACAAUCAUGGAAAGACAGAUAAAAUAAAAAUAAAUUCAAUAAAUCAUUCAACUCCCAAAUCAGUAAAAAAUAUAGUUAGAGCAUCAAAAGAGGAUGGAGAUUCAAAUAUUAGAUUAUAUAUAGAGGAAACUGAUAUUAAAUGGAGAUGGAACCAUCCUAAAAAAGAUAAAUGCCAUUAUUCCAAUAAAAGAGACUAUCAAAAACAACCUGUUAUAUUUGGUUUCAACUCUUGGUAUAGAGAAGAUUCAAAUUGUGAAAUUCCUUGUUUAAAUGAAGGAGGAGGAAGAGGUUACUCCGAUGGCAGUAUAUUCUACCGUGGCACUGGUAAAUGUACGAAAUCAGUUUAUUUCACAAUGGAGAAUGUACCAGCGAAUAAGAAUUCAUAUGAUAUAGUGUCAGGAAUUUACUUGGACACCGAUGUACCACUUCCAAUGUUUGGUUGGAAUCAAUACACCUAUGCAGAAGAACCAAAACCAAAGGAUUCGAAAUCACAAGGAUUGGUUGCAGCAUUUAUUUCAAAUUGUGUACCACAAAAGAGAUUGGAAUGGUUGAGAAGAUUGGACAAGGCUGGUGCUAAAGUAGAUUCCUAUGGUAGAUGUGAAACCAACAAGGAAAUUCCCAGUAGAAAUGGAAUCCCCAAUGAUUACAACGGACAAAAGUUAAGAAUAGGUGAAACCUAUAAAUUCAUUAUGGCAUUCGAGAAUUCCAAUGCCGAUGAUUAUGUUACUGAGAAACUGUUUGGAGUAUUGGCAGUUGGUUCUGUACCAUUGUAUGAUGGUGCACCCAAUGGCUUAAAGUUUGCUCCAAAUAACCAUUCGGUUAUAUUCGCACAGGAUUUCGAGUCACCAGAGAAGUUGGCAGAGUAUUUGUUAUAUUUAGAUAAGCACGACGAUGAAUAUCAAAAGUAUUUAGAGUGGAAGAAGACUGGUCCCACCAAAGAUUGGACAGCAAUGGUAGACAUUGCAAGAAUUGGUGCCGAAUGUAGAGUUUGCUACAGAAUAGCCGAUCUCCAUCGUAAGGAUGUCGGUAUGGUAUUCGGCGAUCAAGAGAAACGUGAUAAAUAUAUAAAGGUACCAAGCGAUUGGAAUCCAUCAAAAGGAAUUGUUGUUUAUAUAAGACAUAGAGGUACAUUUUGGUAUUACUCUGUUCCAAUUCCUUUUGGUACAACUGCCAAGGAGUUCCAAACAAUCAUUGAAAAGACUAUUCCUUGUCCACAUUGCCGCGAUGGAAAAGGUGAAUUUUAUGAAGCCUACGAAUACUGGACAAAACAACCAAUCUUAAGUGACAAGAUAACAUCACCAUUGAACAUUACACUCACCCAAGAGAUAGAAAUCGAAGUUGUUUUUACUGACAUGUCUUUCUAUUUCGAAAAUACACCUAAACCAAAAUAA